GGACUUUUUCUGUCAUUCUUCCGAUUCAAAUCAUCUGAAUUUUCCCGGAAAAUCACAGUUUUUUCAGGGAAAAAAGAAAAAAGAAAGAGAAUGCACGAUUUCUGUUUCACGAUUCCGUACGGGUUGGUAUUGGUGGCUGGGGGCCUGUUUGGGUACAUUAAUAAAGGGAGCACAGCUUCUCUGGGUGGAGGCGUUGGUUCUGGUUUGCUUCUCAUCUUCGCUGGCUAUCUCAGUCUCAAUGCCUUUGGCAAGCGAAAGAACUCUUACCUUGCUUUGAUUCUCGAGACCGUUUGUGCAGCCAUACUUACUUGGGUUAUGGGAGAGCGUUACAUGCAAACAUCCAAGAUUAUGCCUGCUGGUCUAGUUGCAGGAAUCAGUGCUCUCAUGACUGCAUUUUAUCUCUACAAACUAGCAACUGGUGGCAACCAUCUUCCUGCCAAGGCUGAAUGAUGAAAAAAAGAUAUAUGAUAUGUUUUCUUAAUAUAAUACAGUGAUUUUGGGUGACCUGCAUGCCUUAGAUGGUUGAGAUAUAUCAUUGUACUUGUAUCAUUGUACUUAUAUACUUGAGUGAUUUCAGAGUACGAAACAAAAGAUAGUUGUUGUUGUUGUUGUCGUCGUCGAUGUCCUCAUACAUGUAGGAGAAUCGGGUCACUUCUCUUUUUUCUCCUUUCUUUUUUCUCUUAAUUUAGUAUUAUUGAGGUUGCCCUAAAUGCAGGACAGGUGCUUAUUUGUUGCAUGAUUGAUAAAC